ACUCCAGAGAUGAAGGUCACACCACAUGUUGCCUUUAACUGCUGCACAAAGCCCAUCCUGGAGGCAGAACCUCGGCUAAUGAUUUGAAGGAGGGAACCUACUGAAGCCUCCCUCCUCAUCUUUGCCAUCAAUCUCACUUUGUUUGUUGCUGGAAGUUUGUGUGGCGGACCCUGCUGAAGAUAGGUCUGCUUUCCUACGAGGAGUUCAGCGGUUGCUGUCAGUCUUGGUGGCUGGCUGACUUUAGUGGGAAGGGGCAGGAUGUCCAACAACAUGGCCAAGAUUGCAGAUGCUCGAAAGACAGUAGAGCAGUUGAAACUGGAGGUGAACAUAGAGAGGAUGAUGGUAUCCAAAGCAGCUGCUGAUUUAAUGGCCUACUGUGAAGCUCAUGCCAAAGAGGACCCCCUGGUGAUGCCGGUGCCUUCAUCCGAGAACCCAUUUCGAGAGAAGAAAUUAUUCUGUGUGAUACUUUAAACUCAAUGUGAGCACGAUGAACAUUAGAGCUAUUUUAAUGUGGAAUUUCUUAUUGGCUUCAGUUUUUAUUUAUUUGUCUUUUAAAAAAAAAAUAACAUUCAGCUUUAAUUGUAGUAGCUCCCUAGUGUAACUUCACUUGGCAAAUGAUCAUCUUUUAUACAUGAUAAUGAGGACAAUAAAAAUGUAUUGGAA